CAGGGCAGGCGGAGACAAGAAACAGAGGCAGAGGAGAACCGUGCAACAAACGAGUCGCUUAAGGUGUUUGGAGUGGAAGCGACCCUCUCUGCUCACUGCUCUCUGCCGGACAUUUGCUAAAAUGCCUUUCUUGGGCCAAGACUGGAGGUCACCAGGCUGGAGCUGGACAAAGACAGAGUGUGGCUGGAAGAGGAUUGUCUUCUAUGGACACGAGUUGGAAGAUGACAACAGAGAAAUAGACUUGAAAGAGCUGUGCAGUGACAACAAAGAAAAUCUGUUUGUUGAAGACGUGCGUGAGCUCCCCACCACAAAGAGGAAAAAGGACUUCUACAACAAUAACACCAAAUCUCAGUUUGUUUUCAGGGAUAAAUGGAUCUACGUGCAGAAAGGGAGCACAAAAGAACGUCAUGGUUACUGCACGCUCGGUGAAGCCCUCAACCGUCUAGAUUUUUCCAGUGCCAUUCAGGACUUGAGAAGAUUCAACUAUGUUGCGAGACUUUUCCAGCUGAUUGCCAGGUCUCAGCUGACCUCUUUGAGUGGAGCUGCACAGAAAAACUAUUUCAAUAUACUGGAGAAGAUUGUAAGAAAGGUUCUAGAGGACCAGUACAAUCCGCGCCUUGUCAAGGAGCUGCUGCAGGACCUGAGCUCGACACUGCACAGUCUGACUAUUCACGUUGGCAGGUGUGUCCUCGUGGGCAACGUCAACAUCUGGUUGUGCCGACUGGAGACCAUCUUCAAAUGGCAGCAGCAGCUCAAUAACCUGCAGAUCCCCAAGCAAAUGUGCAGUGGCACGUCCUUCAGCGACUUGCCGCUACACAUGCAGAACAAGAUCCUCUGCAAGUUAUCCGAUGCGUAUGACAUCAUUAACCUGGGACAGGCCACGCCUACUCUGCAUUUCCUCAGUGAGAACAGGACGCUGUGGAAGAAACUCUGCUACUUUCACUUCUCAGACAAACAGUUCUGUAGGAAUUUGGUCCUAACCAAGAGCAAUAAUGUGGACUGGAAGCUAAUGUACUUCACCCUGCAGAAACAUUAUCCGAUGAAGGAGCAGUACGGCGACACCUUGCACUUCUGCAAACACUGUAGCAUCCUCUUUUGGAAGGAUUGCCACCUGGCUUUGUUAUUCAAGGACUGUGGCCAUCCAUGCACAGCCAACGAUCCAGAUAGCUGCCUCAUGCCCAUCUCUCCGCAGCACUUUAUCGACCUUUUCAAGUUCUAAACCCUACAUGUUGUUCUUCGAGCGAAGCUUACGUUUACCCCCAGCCCUCACCUCGAGAGUUUGUACGAGACCUUGAUGUCAUUUACCCAAAUACAAAGGGCUUCAACUGAAAGAUGCCUUUUUUAAUGUCUUCAUUUCUUUACGCACAAAUGUUUCCGUAAGACGAAGAAAAGAUUAAAUGUGUGUGUUUGUUGGUUUUAAGAACUUUUAUGUUUUUCCUCCCUCAGCGCAAAUGUUUGUCUUCUUGACAAAAAAAGGCAAUUCCUGACAGAGAAAAAAAUAUAUGUAAAUGUAAUAUGAAUAUGUGAAAGGAUUUUUCUGUAAAGGAGUUGUAGCAUGUUUAUGGUAGGUACAUAAUAAUAAGUAAUGUUAAUGGGUUUUUGUUUUACAUGGCAAAAGGUAAACAUUUACAGUGCAGCAGAAUAAGAUUACUUGUGUGUUAAUGGUUUAUUUAAUGGCGUUAAACUAUUCUGCUUUUUGUUGUGUUCUGUUUUGGUGGUAUUUUUCUGCAAUAACUGAGUCUCUGUUUACAUGCUGUAUGUUGUCCUUUUGUGAAUUCUUGCUGUGCUCCGUGUAUAUUUGGAAACGUCGACACUAAGAGAAAAUUAUGUAAAACUCCAUUAGCGGUAAAAUUUUUUAAAUGUACUUUUGUCAGAACUGUCAAAUAACAGACAGAGGAAAUGUAAAAAAUUAUUUAUGGGAAAAAAACGUUUUGUAUCUUUCCUCCAACUUUUUGUAAUAUUCCUUUGCUGUUCCAAUACUCUUGAUGGUACUAUCAUGACUGUAUGGGACAGGAACUAUUAAAUAUUUCUAAAAACCUG